AUGAGUUGGAUCGCCGAGACCGCCGCGGCCCUGACUCGCAUCUACGUCCUCUUCGUCGAACUCGACUACGUCCGCGCCAGCGAUCUGCGCAUGGCACCUCACUCUGCUCAAGAACUCGACGUCGAUCGAUGCCGCCACCUGGGCUUGAGCGAGGCUGCCAUCGUCUUCCUCAAGCAGAUCCCAUGGGCGGCGGCCGGCUCGGGCGAUCUGAUCAAGAACUCUGAGAUGAUCGACUUCUCCGAAGCCUACAGCCUCGCCGCGGCCCAACGUCCUACCAUUACCGGAAACUCUGUCCUAGUAGAGCAUGGUGCGCGCACACGGUUGGAUCCAUCAAUGUUGUCCUUGACCUUCUGUGGAGACCAGGGCCAUGCUUUGGUUGUCGACACCGUCCGAGGCAGUAUUCGCAAAUGGGACGGCACCGGCGACGUGAUGGCCUCGCAAGAGUAUCCUGCACGCAGUUUCUUGGACGACAUCUACGCCAGCUAUCUCAGCCUCGCCGAGAUCCCCUACGAGCUUGAAAUCCUGCAGCCCACCAUCGACCCGGUCUACAGUGUCCCUGCAGCGGACGGAUCGCCGCGAUGGGUAGUCAACACCAAGUAUGUCUUGGUCAAGGCGGCAGCGACGGAGCAUGGAUGGCCACACAACUUCUCCAAGGCGGAUUUCAAGCGCAAGGCGGCCAGAUAUCUCUACGUCAUGGAGGGAGAUGAUGAUGAUCAUGGUUCUCUGGACGAGCAAUAG